AUGGGUCUGCACAAUGUACGCGAGGAACACUGCGCCAUUGAGCCUGAUGUCCUCGCAAAAACAUUAUGGGGAACAUUUACACUCGACCAUGCAUGGCCGAUGGUAAAGGGUGAGCUGCCACACUGCUUGCCUGCACUGCACCGCCCACCCAUGCCAGUAAUUGCUACCGACUUUAAGACGUCGUCGUGGGCCCCAUAUGCGGACGGUGGUAAGUGA